AUGGAAUCUAUUGUUGUAACUAGUCAUCGUAAAUCUUUUUCUACUGACAAUGUAAAUGAAGUGAUUGAUUUAAAAUCACCAAAGCCAUCUUCUAAUAAUGGGUCAUUAGUAGGUACUGAUGAAUCUCCUAGACUAUUGUCACCAAGAGAUCCUACACACCGUCAUCAUAUAAUGGAUGAUACAACAAAAUCCCUCAUUACUUUUCUUGAAAAAACAAAAAGACCAUCACAACGAGUAACAACAAGUCAUGCUAUGGUAAUGGCAGCAAAACACAGGGCUUUAUUAACAAAUUGUAAUAAAAGAUAUGGUAAAAAAAUAGAAAUUUUAGAGAGUUGUAGAAGACCAACUAUUGGGUUUAGUGAUGAUCUUAUUCAACAAAGUCUUCAAAUUUCUUUUGAAGCAAUGAAACAAACAGAAGAAAUUAUGAAAGAAAAUAUAUUUGAAAUGAAUCAAUUCUUUAGUGAAAUGAGUCCUAAAAAAUUAUUACGAAUGUAUGACACAGAAUUGAUUCAAUACCUUUAUGUUAAUGGUUCAAAUACUGAAGGAAUAUUCCGUAUUUGUGGGAAUCAAGACACUAUUCAAAAGAUUAAAACUAAACUUGAAUGUAAUGAAAAAAAUUUCUUUAGUUCAUUUGAUAUUUAUUCAUUAGCAAGUACACUUAAACAAUACAUUAGAGAAUUUCCUAGUCAAGUUAUCUCCCCAGAUAUUGAUCGAGAAUUUCUCGAUUUAUAUAAACACUCAUAUUCUAUAGGAAAAAGUGAAAUGGCUGAUGACCAAAUACUUGAAGAAUAUCUUAGAAUAUUUGCAAAAUUACCUCCAAUCAUUAAAGACUUUAUUGAAAACUUAACGAAAUUGUUAAGUCAAGUUCUUCAACAUGCAAGCACUAAUAAAAUGAAUUUAGCAAAUAUCUUUAUUUGUUUAGGACCUGCACUUAGAGGAUGUCCAUUCUGUUAUAACUAUGCCACAGUCCAUCAUUCUGAAAUUUUUUGUUCAACAAAACAAGAAGAAGAAAUAAAAGAAUCUAUAAAAGAAGGGGAAGAAAAUAAUAAUUCUGUUCCUCAGUAA